ACUCCCGCCCCUUUCCACUGUCUCCAAUCUCCCUACACUCCGGAGGGCGGGCAGGCGGGUGCGAGCAAGGGGUGUGCGCCGCUCUCUCGGCAGGGGGCGGGGGAGGCGGCCGCGCGGUGACGCGCGGGGCUGCUGCGGCUGCUCCGCCGGCUGAUCAUCACUCUCGGGCUGGGAUGGACGCGGGGCGGGCGGGCUCUGGCGCGCGGAGCCAGGAGUCCGGGCCUCCCGGCUGCUGAGCGUCCCCCGAAGACUACUCCCACCCCCGCCUUCCUUCCUAGGAGCCGUGUCGACCUCUGCCUCGAGGCUCCGGACUCGGCUCCCGCCCUCCUCUGACUCCCCAGACCUCCCUCUCCCGCCCGCCCUCGGGAUCGACUAGAUCCCUCCCCCUCCCCGAGGAUUCCGACUGGAUCCCUGCCCCUGCACCGCGGAUCCAGCGCUCCGGGGCCCCGGGCCCCUGGGGAUUGCCGUGGACUCCUCCUCCAGCAUCCGAUCCCUUAGGAUCCUCCGCCUGGACCGUCUUCUGGUCCCUCGAAGUGGGCCCACGGAGCCAGUGGAUCUCCAAUCCAGUCCUGUCCCGUUACUCCCUCCUUGCUCUUCUAUCACCACUGCGGGGUUCCCUGUUCUCGGGCUCCCCCUGAUCCCAUCCCUUAGCUCUCCUUUUCCCGGGAAUCGACUGGAUCCCGGCCCCGCCCCCCGGGGCUGGGGCGAUCCCCCUCCCCCGCCGGGUGAGGCGCUGCGGGCGGGGGCUGGGCCUGCGGGGCCGCGGGGGCUCAGAGGCCGCCGCCCCCCUCUCGAAGCCCGUCCGCCCCCCAUUCGGAGCCCUGGAUGGAGGCACCACGGCCCCAGGGCUGAGCCAGGUCGGGCCUGCCUUCACCUUCUUCCACCUCCUUUCCCUUCCCCACCCCUUGCCCCCUCAAUGGAGAGGAACAGACCUCUUCUCUGUCCCGUCUAACCCAGGUCCCUCCCUGCCCCCUUCCUCCCUCCUGUCCCCCGCCCCCUCCUCCCUCCUGGGGCGAGGGGGGCCUCCCUCCCUCUCCCCCCCCUUCUCUCUCUCUCCGAGGGGGGGGGGUCCCGGGGAGGGAGGGGGGGUCCCCGAUCAGCAUGUGGCUCCUGGCGCUGUGUCUGGUGGGGCUGGCGGGGGCUCAACGGGGGGGAGGGGGUCCCGGUGGCGCCCCAGGUGGCCCGGGCCUGGGCCUCGGCAGCCUAGGGGAGGAGCGCUUCCCAGUGGUGAACACAGCCUACGGGCGAGUGCGCGGUGUGCGGCGUGAGCUCAACAACGAGAUCCUGGGCCCCGUCGUGCAGUUCUUGGGCGUGCCCUACGCCACACCGCCCCUGGGCGCCCGCCGGUUCCAGCCUCCUGAGGCACCCGCCUCCUGGCCUGGGGUGCGCAACGCCACCACCCUGCCGCCCGCCUGCCCUCAGAACCUGCACGGGGCGCUGCCGGCCAUCAUGCUGCCUGUGUGGUUCACCGACAACUUGGAGGCGGCUGCCACCUACGUGCAGAACCAGAGUGAAGACUGCCUGUAUCUCAACCUCUACGUGCCCACUGAGGACGGUCCGCUCACAAAAAAACGUGACGAGGCGACGCUCAAUCCGCCAGACACAGAUAUCCGGGAUUCUGGAAAGAAGCCUGUCAUGCUGUUUCUGCACGGAGGCUCCUACAUGGAGGGCACCGGGAAUAUGUUCGAUGGCUCAGUCCUGGCUGCCUAUGGCAACGUCAUCGUAGCCACGCUCAACUACCGUCUUGGGGUGCUCGGUUUUCUCAGCACCGGGGAUCAGGCUGCAAAAGGCAACUAUGGGCUUCUGGACCAGAUCCAGGCCCUGCGUUGGCUUAGUGAAAACAUUGCCCACUUUGGGGGUGACCCGGAGCGCAUCACCAUCUUUGGGUCUGGAGCAGGGGCCUCCUGUGUCAAUCUGCUGAUCCUCUCCCACCAUUCAGAAGGGCUGUUCCAGAAGGCCAUUGCUCAAAGUGGUACUGCCAUUUCCAGCUGGUCUGUCAACUACCAGCCGCUCAAAUACACACGUCUGCUGGCAGCCAAGGUGGGCUGUGACCGGGAGGACAGUGCCGAAGCUGUGGAGUGUCUGCGCAGGAAGCCUUCUCGGGAGCUGGUGGACCAGGAUGUGCAGCCUGCCCGUUACCACAUUGCCUUUGGGCCCGUGGUGGACGGCGAUGUAGUCCCCGAUGACCCUGAGAUCCUCAUGCAGCAGGGAGAAUUUCUCAACUACGACAUGCUUAUCGGUGUCAAUCAGGGAGAGGGCCUCAAGUUUGUGGAGGACUCUGCAGAGAGUGAGGACGGUGUGUCUGCCAGCGCCUUUGACUUCACUGUCUCCAACUUUGUGGACAACUUGUAUGGCUACCCAGAAGGCAAGGAUGUGCUGCGGGAGACCAUCAAGUUCAUGUACACAGACUGGGCUGACCGGGAUAAUGGCGAGAUGCGACGAAAGACCCUAUUGGCUCUCUUUACUGACCAUCAGUGGGUGGCCCCAGCUGUGGCCACUGCCAAGCUGCAUGCUGAUUACCAGUCCCCUGUCUACUUUUACACCUUCUACCAUCAUUGCCAGGCUGAGGGCCGGCCGGAGUGGGCAGAUGCAGCCCAUGGGGAUGAGCUGCCCUAUGUCUUUGGUGUGCCCAUGGUGGGUGCCACUGACCUCUUCCCCUGCAACUUCUCCAAGAAUGACGUCAUGCUCAGCGCAGUUGUCAUGACCUACUGGACCAACUUCGCCAAAACUGGCGACCCCAACCAGCCAGUGCCACAGGACACCAAGUUCAUCCACACCAAACCCAACCGCUUUGAGGAGGUGGUGUGGAGCAAGUUCAACAGCAAAGAGAAGCAGUACCUGCACAUUGGUUUGAAGCCACGUGUGCGUGAUAACUACCGCGCCAACAAGGUGGCCUUCUGGCUGGAGCUCGUGCCCCACCUGCACAACCUGCACACUGAGCUCUUCACCACCACCACACGCUUGCCUCCCUACGCCACACGCUGGCCUCCUCGCCCGCCUCCUGGCGCCCCUGGCACACGCCGGCCCCCACCACCUGCAACCCUGCCUCCUGAGCCUGAGCCUGAGCCAGGCCCAAGGGCCUAUGAUCGUUUCCCUGGGGACUCACGAGACUACUCCACAGAGCUAAGCGUCACUGUGGCCGUGGGCGCCUCCCUCCUCUUCCUCAACAUCCUGGCCUUUGCCGCUCUCUACUACAAGCGGGACCGGCGGCAGGAACUGCGAUGCAGGCGGCUUAGUCCACCUGGAGUCUCAGGCUCUGGUGUGCCUGGUGGGGGCCCCCUGCUUCCCACUGCUGGCCGGGAGCUGCCCCCAGAGGAAGAGUUGGUGUCACUACAGCUGAAGCAGGGUGGCGGCAUUGGGGCAGAUCCUGCUGAGGCCCUGCGCCCUGCCUGCCCACCCGACUACACCCUGGCCCUGCGCCGGGCACCGGACGAUGUGCCUCUCUUGGCCCCCAGGGCCCUAACCCUGCUGCCCAGUGGCCUAGGGCCACCCCCACCCCCACCACCCCCUUCCCUCCAUCCCUUUGGGCCCUUUCCCCCACCUCCUUCCACCGCUACCAGCCACAACAACACGUUACCCCAUCCCCACUCCACCACUCGGGUAUAGGGGGCGGCAUGGGGAGGCUACCCUCCCCAACCCUCCCCAGCCUGGGCCACUCCAAGGCAGGGAGUAGGACUUGGCAACGGGCUUUUCUCCUGUGGAGUUGUCACACAUCAUCGAACAGUGUUAAGGUGGACAUGGGAUUUCCCCACCGAGAUGCGUGUUUUUCCCAUGCAGAGAGGCCCAUUCUCUUCUCUGGACCUGGGCUUUUGAACUCUGGGGGGUGUUUUCUGCCUUCCACUGGGACACCAGUCUUCGGUGUGCGGAAAUGUGGAAGUCUUUUCCCACAUGGAGGUGUGCUUUCUUCAUGAGGGGGUAUUUUCCCAUGUGCAGGGUGAGGUUUUUUUUGGCCGCCCUGGACACAUGUUGGCCCCCUCAAAGAAUUUCUGCGGGGAUUUGUACCCCAGAAUCCUGUCUCCUCAUGCCUUCUCCCACCUCCUCCCCUUCUCACCCUCUGGAGACCCUGGAAGUGAUGUGUUCGCGUACAGUGACCCUUGGCCACCAGACAACACAGGGUGGUGCCUGGGGAGCAGCAAGGAAAUCACAGGCCCCCCGCCCCCUCUCCCCCCUCCACCCCAGCAAAGCAUGUUUCUCCCCCAUGGCACAAGUCAGAUUAAGCACGUUCUCCCAGGGAGGUCCUUGCCUUCCACAGAGACAGACACAGAUUUCCUGCCAGGGGGAAGGGAGAUCCGUGCAUCCUGGUGCUGCCUGGAAACUAAUUCUCCCAUGGUCCAGGACACAUUUCUCUGAGUGGAAACAUGUUCUUGCAUGUAGAUGUGUGUUUUCCCAGGCAGAGGGUCCUUCUCUCCCCAGCACUUCCCUGCAUCCCCCCAGCCUCAGGCCCAGCACUCCUCAAGUGGUAGGUGGGAACAGGCUUCAGAUUAACAGAAGCUGAGGGGGAUGUACAAACCCCAGCCCUCCCUCUCCCAGAGAUGCUGAGUUGGUAGACAGGGGAGGUGGCAUGUGCCACCCACAGAGGCCAUGCAUGUUUGACCAAAGCCCUCAUGGGGUCUAAGGACAACCUUUCCCUCAGUCCUCAGACCAUUGCUCGUCUGUGCCAAACUGGGUAGGUGGGUUUGAGGCAGGGAGAAAGACUCAAAAUGUGCCAAGGAUUACACAGUCCUAAGCCAGGGCAAGGGAGAUGAUGGGAACAGGUGGGAUACAGGGUAGGGGGAUGUGGCAGCUAAAGAGGCCCUCUGUGUGUGUCUCUCUGAUCCCUGUGUCACCCCUCCCUCUCUGCCCCAAUUCUCAGUUCUCCAUUCUCCAUCUUUUUCUCCCUGUUUGAAACUGUCCCCAUCUCAGGGUCAGACCAACCUUUUCCCCUCCCCUUCUUUUACCUGCCCCCGCUCCCUCUCUGCCAGGGCCAAAGGAAAGAGCAGUAGAGGGAGGAGGGGAGGGUAACAGGGAGAAAGACUUCAUGGACAGGUUGGGGAAUGAGGUCAGUUGCACUGAGGAACAGAUGGAGGGGGCCGUGGGGGACAGGGCUUGGUCAAACACCAGCAGGAAGAAUUUGAAAGGAAAUGUGUGAGGCAACUGCCUAGAGGUCCUUGGGUUUGGACCUCUGGGGAAAGAACCACGUCUGGAAGGGUUUUAAGGACUGGGCGCAAUGGCACAGGCCUGUAAUCCAAGCAGCUGAGGAGGCUGAGGCAGGAGGAGACCAGCCUCAGCAACUUAGCAAGGCCCUAAGUAACUUGGUGAGACCCUGUCUCAAAAUUAACAAAUGAAAUGGGCUGGGGAUGUGGUUCAAUAGUUAAGCACCCCGGGUUCAAUCCCUGGUUCAAAAAAAAAAAAAAAAGAAAAGAAAAGGUUUUAAGGGACAACAAUAGAGGAAUGAAUCCUCAGUCUGCUUAUGGCUUUCUGUGGGAUGCUAGUGCCAAACUUGAGUAAAAGUGGGGUGUAAUCUUCUACUGGCACCCAGGUCCAGGAUCCCUGGUUGUGAGUCCCAGAACUUUGCCUCUUGACUGUCCCUUCUCCUCCUAUCUCCACCCAUGGAAACAUAGUUCUUUUCUGGCCCUUUCUCCUGCCUGGUCUAGCUCCUCUUGGACCAGCCAUGCCCUCCAAAUGCUAGCAACCUGGACUCUAAGCCUGUAGGCAGAUGCCCCCAGGACCAGGAAUGGGAGGGGGGCUGGGGGACCCCAUGAUUCAGCCACGGACUCCAAUGCCCAGCCCCUCUCUCCAGAACAACCCCUGACAGUCGCAUUUCCCCACCCCAACCCUUUGCGGCUCUGUACACAUUUUUAAACCUGGCAAAAGAUGAAGAGAAUAUUGUAAAUAUAAAAGUUUAACUGUUG